AUGCUGAAGUUGAAGCCAAAGUUUGACCUGCACAGAGACGUGGAGUGUGAUAUCCUGAGGAAAGAAGCGUCGGUCUGCAGGGUGAAAGGUGAGGUGUUCAGGUGCACACGCUCGUUUACUGUAACUGUGUAUAAACGCACAAACACUAACUAUUGUGUUAGCAAAAACAGACAGCUAAUAGUGCGAGUUAAAAGUACCACUAAAGUCCAACCUCAGUGUUUUGACACCAUUCAGAUUGAAGGAGUAAAAUUUGUCCGACAAAUGUCAAUAUAAGAUUGCCCCAUAUCACGUAAAAGUCUGUUUCCCUAAGAAUAAGUCGCUAAAAGUGCUUUAAACUUUAGUCUUAGCUUCUGGAAACAAGAAACAAAUCAAAGUCUGUGUUUUGUUAAUGAUUUAUACGUAUUGACCGGUAGAUGGCGAUAGAUACUCUUCAUAGUUCAUGUAUUAAUAGCCUUCCAUAUAAUCAGAAUUUAAAACACUCCAGUGUCAUUUCUAAGGGGAAAAGAAUAAAAGCAUAAAGAGCUAAGAAAGAAUCACUUUUGUCAAUAUAUACAAUAGGAAAUAUAAUUUUAUUCAAGGAUAUAAAGGAAACCUAAGGGCAUGUACUGGAUAAAAAACAAGCAAUUCUUGCAGAAAUAUGUGCAUUUAAUCAUAAAUAAAUAGAAUAUAAUGUUUAUUCUAACACUUAAUGUUAUGUUUUUCAUAUCAGUAGACAUGACUUAUAAUCUUAUAAAUUGUGGUCAGAAAUUGAGAUAUUUGAAUAAAACGUAAACUAUGAAAAAAAAUAUGGAUACAUGAAACACUGCAUAUUGCUGUCUUCUCAGUAUGUUAUAUUUUGAUAGUGAUGGGCUUGCUACUGGUCAGUAGGACACAGUAGAAGUCCCGCAUGAGCUUGUGGGCACUAACAUGUUCUGGUUACACUGGGAACAUGGUGUAGCCAUUAUGUCGGGGCACAUUGUUAUUGCCUUUGUUUGCUGCUGUCUGCAGAAUACUCUGGAGAUGUCGACACUCGCAUCCUGAACAUUGAGAGAGAUGGGGGAAUCCUUUACUCCUGGAAAGUAGGUCCAAUAUCCAUGUUUAGAUUCAGUUUAUAAAGUUCCUUCAGUUUAAGUACCUUGAAGUGACAGUCCUGUAGUAUUUUUAUGUAACAACUUUAAGUCACCUGCUUGUCCUAGUUCUUGCCAUUCUCAGAAAUAAGCAAACAUUCAUCAUUACAUAGGAGUUCUUAGUUCUAUUGAACAGAUCCCUCUGUAGUUCUGUUUUACAUAUUUGGUAUUUUAGGAAACUGUGUGAUCUUUGGAUGAAUCUAAAAUAAAGCUCAGUGUUUAAAGCUUGCUUCCCUGCACAACAUAAAUUUUUUAUGUUAGGCUCGCCAAAGAGUCUGCAGGUUUAGCAGGUUAAAGAAAGACGACGUGCAGCUCGCAAAGAGGAAAUAAUCCCUUUUUUUAGUGCAAGGUUCACAGUUUUAUGCGUGCCUUGCUGCGCCUUUAGUUUCAGGGUCAAUUCCCUUUAACUUAAAAUCUCCUGAAUCCAAAAAAAGGAGGAUUCUGGUUUGAAGUGAAGCAGGUUUACUGCAGAUAAUCAGCAGGUAUGGCUAAGGCAAUAAAGAGGUCAGGAACUAUGUUUCACACAAAUUAGAGUGGUGGAAGCCCCCCGUGGGAACUGAGGUCCAUGUGAUCAGGACUGAUUAGGAUUAUUGAUCCUUCCUCUUUAAUUAGUGCAAAGAUGCAUGUCCUAACUAUGGGACUAUUCUGACAGGGAGCAACAGGGACAACAAGGAUCGGGAAAUAUGACUCCAACACCAAACAGAACAAGGUAUAUUUCAUGUUUCACAGAUGCUUAUUUUUUGUCUAAAGUCCUGCAAAAGCACAUUAGUUCUAAUGCAGGUUUGUAUUCUAUCCAACAGCUCCUAUACACAUUUGACAAGCAGGUGUGUGUCAGCAGCUGUUCCCUGAACAAGGAGGAGACACUGCUAGGUGAGCCUCGGUAAUGUACAGAUCAUAAAUUGAAAGAAGAAGCAGACAUCGUGACCAUGACUGCGUUCCUGACCCUAAUUUGGGGCUGUAAAUGAGAAGUUCAGCAUUAUCUGAUUAGCAUUCUUGUAACAAUGGUAUGAUCCAAAAAAAACAAAAAACAAACUGGUGCAGAUGAAUGGCCGUUGAGUAGCAAAGUAGUAAAGAAAGGAAAUGCUGAUUCGACCAAUGUUUCAAGAAAAUGUAUGUAAAUGAAGUCACAUGAUUUUCUCCUCUUCAGCUGUGAGCUUGGCACAAAACACAAGAGGAGAGGAACGCUUAAAACCAAGUAAUAUCCUCAUCUUUUUUACAUUUACACACCAUUUAUGAUUGAUUCAACUAUUAAAUAUUGAAUUAUCGAAAAUCAAAUUGAACUUCCUCUCACGUUCUGUCUGUUUUUUAGUAUCUAAGUGUCUCACCCUCCUGAUUGAGAUCCACCCCAUCAACAACACUAAAGUCCUCAAAGCUGUGGACUGCAGGGUCAAAGUGCAGGUACAGUUUAUGUGAUUUGUCCUGGCCUGUUUCAUGAAGAUUUUUUUUCUUUUACUGCAGCCACAAGCUGAUGCUGCAGUUCUGACCCAUUGGAGCUUAUAGUGUACAAGUGCCACAGCUCAUUUAUUUUACAAGCCAGCUGAAAGUGCAGUUUUUUUAAUCUGUCUCUUUUCUUUCAGUUGUGUCUUUUUAUUAUCAUCUGAGAAAUAUUCUGAACAUAUAUUUUAUUAUGCCACUGCAGAUGUAUUCCUUAAAGUUUGUUGCUUAAAUCCCAUUUUUUUCCUUUUUUAAAAAGGCCAAGAUUGUCACACUUGAAUACAAAAAUCAGCGGCCUGUCAUCUGAUUAUUGUUCGUAGCUCCCCAUUCACAUGCUGACUAAUGUUUUCUCCAGUUCCUCAAUUCAGAAACUGACAGGAGAUCAGUGCUGGAGAGCCACCUGCUGCUGCUGACUGAAGACGGAUGUGAGUCAGUCAGUCUUUGUGCUCUUUUGCUUGUCUAACACAAAAAUCUGCGCCAUCCAGUGAAACUUCAGAAAAUGGGUUAGUGAUGCAACUCUGUGUGUUUCAGAUGUGGAUCUCUACCAUGUCCUGCUGGCAAAACAGGAGGGUUAUAGAGUGGUAUGUUGAACUACGCAUCACUUAGAAAGCUCUUCCUUUGAGGGGACUGUCUGCAGAUAGAAGCUAAGUAGAUUAACUACAAACUACACUGAGGGUUUGGGAUGUAAAUGAUCUGAAAGGUUGCACACAUUUGUUCAUUAUAUGCAUAUCCACACAGAAACAUAUCUACAUUACAUAGAGCUACACUAUAUUAUUUCACCUCAUUGUCUGAUUGAAAAUGAACUGCCUCGUGUCAAUUAUUUGAACCAGGUGAUGGCAAAUCCUGAGCGUUUGACCAAAACUGCAGAGCGAAUAGUGGAAGACUUUAACUGGGUCCAGUGGGACGGACACACACAGAGACUCUACUAUAUCACACAUAAUGUAAGAUGUAUGCACGCCUACACUUUAAAAGGACAUUGCAUUAAAUCAUAUUCAACCCUGCUUCAAAGGAGAAACUGUUUCAGAUUGCACAAAUGUAUUUCCACCAGACAAAUAAUCCACAUCUUUUCUUUCACAGGGGAAGUUCCUGAUUCGAUGUGUUCAGUUUUACCCCAGCCGUAACUGCGAAACUGUGGUAAGUCAUCGUUUUGCCUCGUCAUUUAUCAGAUUUACAGUCUCGUGCACAGAAUCACAAUGAGACUUGAUAAUAAAUUAUAAUUAUGCUUCUUUUGCGCUCCUGUAGUUGGAACUCCCAUUAGAGUUGCCUGCUAAUCCUUUCCGCACUGUCAAGUAAGGCGACAUCUACUCAACAGUACAAACUAUCAAGACACUUAAAAUGUAGAAACAUGUUUCUUUUCUGCAGAUACUAUAACACGUAAUGUGAACUCACCUCUUAUAAUAGAUCAUUAACUCUUUUAUAAAGCCUCAAAUGCAUUAUAACAAUCCUUGUGAGUUAUGAUAAGCAUUCCUAAAAGCUUAUAGCAAUGUUGAUGAAGUGUUAUAAAGCAGAGAGUAUAAUGCUUUAUUAAAAGGUAUGGUUAAUAAUGUAUUCUACUAAAACAAAAAAACAGCAUCUUUGGAUUCAUGGUUUAAUAACAUUAUAAUUCUAAAAACUUUUAUUUAUAGGUAAUGAUUACAACAACAAAAACAACAAUAAUAAUGGUAAUAAUGAUAUGAAACAAUAAAUACAUGAAAUGAAUGAAGCACUGAGUAAAAUUCAAAGAUUUCAAAGAAGGCUUUUUGAUUAAAAUAUUUCUGACACUGAUGUUGCAUGUCUGAACAACAAAAGCUCAAUCUCUUACAGUAUUCUGAAAAUCAUAAAAAUAAAAACCAAAGCUUGGAGUUAUUAUGAACCGUUUUUUUGUACACAUAGCUGUUCUUUGAGAUUUUGAUUGCUCUUUUGUAUGUUUUAGACCGAGAAGGUUUUAAAAAAUGCUCUGAAAGAGUUGGAAAAAAAAGUUUAAAUGUUUUUAGAAGAAUCAUUUUGAUCAUUUUUUGUCACGUAUUUUUGUUAACACUUCAUUUAAAGCUACAAAAAUUCUGCUUUUGAGUUCUUCUAAAUAUGCGAAAGGAUCUCAUCACACAGUGCUGUCACUUUACUUUAAGUACCCAAAGUCAGGCUUCAGCAUGUUGUGAGUAUUAAGAAGACAUUUUACAAACUGAUAACCACAGAAAAUAUGACUUUUCUUUUUUUAAUGACACAUAGAAUGAGGACUUAAUUAACCUUUUUUUACUAGGUUAAAUUAUAAGAGUUAUGUUUUUAUAAACCCAGAAUUUAAAAGUUGCAGUUUUUCUUUUGCAUUGUAUUCGUAAUACAUUAUAAACCAUUAUUUCAUUAAGCAUUAUGCUCUCUGCAUAUAAGACUUAUUAAACAUUGCUAUAUACUGUUAUGAAUGCUUAUUAUCACUCAUAAAGGUUGUUAUGAAGCUUUACAGGUGUCUUCCUUUAUAGGUUUUAUAAAUUUGUUUGAUGCAUUCAUACAAUGUUUCUGUAUUGCAAAUAGCUAAAAUGAAUUGUGUUGUGUAGCUUUAAGUGUGUUGUAUUCCUACAUCUGUGUUUGUGUGUGUGUGUGUGUGUAUAUGUGUGUGUGUGCGUUCCCAAAAGAUUUGUAAACCUGGGUUUUGACCAUUAUCACACGGAGAGACCAGAGAAGGAGCUUGUUAGGAUGGAAGUGUUCACAAACCAAAUAGGUACCAUGUUCACACACACUGCCUUUUCCCUCUAACACAAGAUGCACAUGAACUGACAUUUUUGGAGUUGCAGGACUAAUUCUUUGUGUUUGCUUGUCUUUCAUUUCUAUUUGUGAAACAAGAAAGUAAGUCCAAGCAGAACUCUGACACCACAGAAAUAAUCUGCUCUACUUUAUUAUGCAACAUUUAUUAACACAACAAAUUCUCAAAUCAGUGGAUUUUAUGCUUGAGCACCGGGCAGUAGAAAAUCAAUCUUCGAUGGGUGGCAUUAUACUAAGACUGCUGCUACAGUUUAAUACCAAAAUAAUCAUUUUCUCAUAAAGCAAGAGGAUCCAAAUGUAGAAUUUAUUACAUUUUCUUGAUCAUUUUUUCAGAUAGCAGUAGAUCCACCCUCGCUUUAGGAACUGCUUUUUGAAUCUUUCACUGAACUUAAGAUUGAAUAUUUAAUUUCUAACCAAUAACAAAAUCACAGUCUCCCUUAAACCACCUCUUUCACUGAGUUCAACACCUUAAAGCGCUUUAUUAAUCUUAACUCAUUUUUUUUACACUAAUGGGCCACUAAUUAUGUAACAUAUCAUUAAUCAUAAACAACACACUGUAACUGUUGUGAGCAUCCUAAACCUGUGCUGUUCUCUGGUCUUCUUUAGGAAGCAUGUGUGUUUGCUACAGCCAACCAAUCAAAGACAAACAUGAAGUCGUCUACACUGUGGUUUUAGUUCACAAAGGUCUGCAUUUCUUUAUAUUUUACAGUCUCUUUACUCAUGUUUCUGUGUAUUACACAAUUUGGUACAAAGUGAGAUUUUCUUACUUUUUUUUGCAGACUGCAGCAAGACCUUCAGGGUUUCUCUGGGCAGUGAGGAGUCUCCGCAGAAAGCCACACAGCACCAUCCGCUCUUCAUUCCUAUAGGUCACUGCACACACCCCCAUCAAAAUCUUUACAAAUUCAACCAAGUCCUGAGUUUCUCUGCCAAAAUACAUCCUCUACUUGUGCAUUCAAGGCAGAUACAUAAAUACAAACAAGAGUGUGUGUCCUCAUGCAGCUCAAUAAAUGUCUGGCGUUGCAGACUGAAUACUAACACAUGCUCUGACAGUGACGGCUGUGUUAUUUCUGUAUGUAGGUUACUACAUCCUGGCGUACCUGCAGGGUUAUUUCCUGCAUUGUAUCAACACCAGGCAGCAGGAGAUGCUCUGUCACUCCCUCUUUCUCUCGGGUAAGACAAGCCAAGGAUGACUGAUGUAUGCCGAACAGUUUGUUUACAUUUUCUUUCCUCCUCUGCGGAACUUUUUCCUCCUAAAUGUUACAGUUUCCCCUGCAUAUAAAGCCAGAUUUACAAGUCUUAUUAAGUCUCUGUCUUUCAACAAACUCAAGGUUCUGAUGUAGACUUGGGCCUGCAGUGUCAGUCGGCUAACAUCACAGUGUUGCAUUCAGAGGAAGAGCGUAAUGGUAAACUUUUGGAUCGGGCCACUGGGAGGAUCCACUCUGCUGAACUCAGCUCUGCCUACCUGCUGCAGAUACUGCGAUCAGACACCCCCUCUAGGUGAGAGUGAUUCAAAACUGGAUUCAGAAAUGGGAUAUUUGUGUACUUUACAUGCACAAAGGAGGAGAAAUAAAUUAAAGGUGGGAACAGGCACACAGGCAGAGAGCAAGAGGAUUUUUUUUUUCUUCGCACACACCUGCAGAGUCUUUUUAGAAUAAACAUUAGCUUGAACUUGAAUCCUUGCCAGUGUGCACCAAUCUGCCCGAUAAAGAUGCAUCAGUGCCUUCAUGCUGAAUUUUUCUGGAGCUCUUUUUAUUCUUUUCCUGUAUUCAGUUAUUCAUUUUUUAACCUUUCAAACAGCACAUACAUCACACCACAGUGUCCGACUGCUGGCUCUCUGCCUGUGCAUCUGCUUCUGUGCCUCCAUUUUUUGAGUGUAUAUUUAUGUUGUAUAAAAGUAAAUUUGCUGUGUGUCACCUCCACCCAAGGUGUCCCAGCAGCAAAACGGAACCUCAGCGCCUGGCCGCCCUCCAUUGUCUGCUGGUUUACAUGGGAAACGACCCAAACCUGGAGCUGAAGGUACAAAUAGAGGUAGAAAAAGUGUCAGGAGGACAAAGGAGAUGUACAAACCAGAAUCAGCAUCAGAAAGCCAUUUUUCAACAAAAAUAAAAGUCCCAGACAUCAUAUAAAACAUAAAAACAGACAUUUUUGCUGAUAAUUACACUUUUCUAUACAACAUUGUCUUCAUUUAUUUGAAGAACUUGAAAUAAUGAAUAACUAAUGGUGUCGUUCAAGUCAGAAAAUCAGUAAUAGUUCCUCAUUUAAAUCACUUCCUGCACUUCUGUGGCAGUUCAAUAGGUGUCAACCUUGAGUUGGAAGUGAGCUUAAGGAGGGCAGAAGACACAGAAAGAGAAAGCAGGCUGCUGUAGACAGAAGUGAAGAGAAGACAGGCGGAAACAAUGAUAAAAAAAAAUGGAUGAAUAUUUUGUUUGGGCUCAAUGUUCAAAUGACUCAGACUCUAUUAGGAGUAUACUUAAAUUAAGAUGUUCCACCUGCUCUGAUAGAUUGUAAUAAAUUCACUCUUUAGAGGUCAAAUGAGUCACCGGCUUCAUUAGUGCAGCUUGCCCUGGGAAAUCGGACACCACACAGAACUUUUGUAUUCUUUGUCGACUCCGUUAAUAGGGCCAGAGACACGAAAAGCAGCGGUUUUAUCAAAGGUGAUAGCUCCUGAAUAUACUACGUUUGUAACUUCAUGAGAACACUGUGCAAAUUGGGUCCUUUUCUUCCUUAUCGCUCUUCUUUGUCUUCGUCUAACGCCAAUGAUAUCCACUGUUUGAAGAAGAGAUUCAAACUAACAUUGACAAAGACAUAUUUCUUCAAACAGUCAAGAAAAUGUCAGGAGAAAGAGUUUUCUGCUGGGAUGAACAGUAUCUUUGAGUUUAAUAGAGACUAUCUUCGACAUUAUAAAUGUUUAAUGUUUCUUUAAUGUAAAUAUCAGUGAAGCAGUUGAAGCUACAUCCGUCCAAAAAUCACAGUUUGUAGUGGGAACUAUUCCUUCAUCAAGCAAGAUAUCCGCUUUUUAAACAAGAAGUGACAGCCAUGGUAACAGCACGGUGUUGUGCUCUCGUUUACAACACUGAGAUGUUUAUAUUUAGCAAAUACAUGAGUGCAAUUUUAGUUUAAUAUGUAAUGAGCCUUCAGUGACCCAGUUUAAGCAUGCUAUGGGGAAGUCAGGGGGUCCUUCAAGACCCUUGUCACCAAAUGUUUCUUUUAGAUAACAAAGGCUAGACUAAAGUUAAAAACUAGACCGUCUAAAUUACAAGGUGGUUAUACUGUGUCCCGCUGCUGUAACACCCUGUCUCCUGUGUGUUUCUACCCUGCCUCCAGGUUAUUGAGUGGCUGUGUGACAACGUGAACGCCUUUGAAUCCUUUGAUCAGAUCCAGGAGUUCAUUCUGGGUCAGUUUCAGCAAAAGCGUGGGGACAAAAGUCUCUGAGUAUCACUUCUUUUUCUUUCUUUUCAGAGUCGAGCUGCACUCUUUGCCUUUUUUUUUUUAUGUCUCCUUCUGUGUGUGUGUCGUUACCAGAAAUGCUUACAUCUUGUCUACACAAAACGGAGGUCUUUCAUCAAGUCUGUUUGGCUUUCAAAUUGCUUCUUGCUGACUUGUGCCAGGCGUAGAGUGUGGGGUCUGGAAAGAUAGAUUAAAGGAUGAAUUUAGUUAUUUUAAGCAUGCAAGGAACAGUUUGCAAAAUAUGGUUUGGCCUGGAAACAGACAUCAUCACAUUUUCAAGUCUGCAUGAGAGAAAAGGAAAUACUUGUAGAAAGCUACCUUUACAUUUACAAUUCCCUCGAGAGCAGAUUAUUAAAUGUUGGAGAAACUUAAAGCACACAUUAACGUAAAUAAAAGGACCUGCACAACAUAUGCAGUCUUUAUUAAUACCAGUGGUGCUUUUAAGUGUUUUAAUAUAAUUAUGUUUACCUCAUAAAGAAAACAUGAGUAUUGGGUGCUCACUUAUUGGACCUAUUUGUCACUUAAACCCUGAAAUACACUAAAAGAGAGCCCAAAAUAAGUACCAGUGUUUCUACUUACUGAAUAAUGUAGAUCGGUAAAAUUGUCUAUAAUUAUAAUUUAAAGGCAAAAACGCCCAUCAAGGUUAAAAUAUUCAUCAUUUUCGUCUUUUAUAUAACAAACAUAAACUUAGUGUAAUAUGAGGGUUAGGUCCAGGAACAAAUGUGCCACAAAACAGUGUCAGCUCUGUCAAAAUCGACUUGAAUUCUACCUUUUAGCAACUUUACAUGGCAACACACGUUUUUAGCCUCUCAACACUGAGUUCAGGUUUUUUUAUCUUAGCUGUUUUCCAUGUAAUAUUCAAUAUACCCAGGCUGCCUGUCAGUGAGCUCUACAAAAGCUGAAGCCUUAAAAAAUCUGAUGCAAUUCUGAGAUGCUGUGCCCUUCCAUUUUUUUUUUUAACAACACAGAUGAUCUGCUGCGAUUGAGUGUUUAUUUGACCUGAAGCAGACAGGUGAAACAGACGGAGGGCGUGGAUUAUAAUCAUGACCAAAUGUUUCUAGAUGAAUUCAAUUCCUUUGGGCUGCAGUGAUUUGAUGCUUACAGUAUGUGCCACUGUAAUUGCACACCAUCAUGCUGUGUGAUUUAACAUAUAAAAAAACUCCAAGAUUGUUCAUCAGCUAAGGAUGCAGAGAACAUCAGCAGGAUAAAUAAAUAAAAAAGGUUUCGUUUACAGCCAGUUUCAACCAAUUAGUCUGGUUCCUGCUCGGUUGUAAGCUUAUAAUAAGUCACCAUGGUGAUCUAGAUGAGUAAAACGAUAGCUAUGUGAAACUACUAACACGAUUUACUCUCUAAUCUUGCUUUGAACCCCACGUAACCUUUUUUUUAUAUUAUUUACAGAGACCGGACAAAAUUGCUGCAAAUUUGCAACAAGAUCCAGAAACAAAUAAGAUAAUAAAAGCAUCAACAAAACCAAAGCAACAGAUAUUACAGAUUCAUAACGACAAGUCCAGUAAUAUGAUCAAAUAUGUGUGCUGCUAGGAGUAACAGCACAGUUUUAACAAUGAGCUGAUCACACAGAUAUUAACAUUAGCUACAAUGAAGAGUUGAGCAGCUUUAACUCACAGUAGUGACAAUAAAAGUAUGAAAAAGAAAACGUACUAUUGACUGGCAGGCUGUUUCUUCAAGCCGUGGUCUCUCUGGAGAUUUUAACUCUUCCUCCAGAGACUCGGUAUGGAGGGAGAUUUAAAAGUCAGGCAGGAAGCUUUGUCCUACAGUCACAGGUGCUGCUGCAGAUGCCAGAGCUGAAAAAAAACAUAGGCAGAAAGCUCAUUCACUACUAAAACAGAAGCCAAGAAAAACAUCAUUUGACAAUCUGUAAGUGGGAGAGCCUUCCCCUUAAAAUCUGCAUUUAUCAAUAAACAUGAAAACAUCAUUCUUACCAUGCUGUGAACAACCUGACAACAGUGUGAAUAAAACAAGUUGUGUUCCCGGUUUAUCCCUUAUUGAAAACUGGCAGAACAGUUAAGCAGCCACAAGUCCAGCAUACUAAACUGCGGCUUCUCUGUUUCACUUUCUUUUACACGAAAACAAGAACUACACACACACAAAGCUCUGAGAUUCUCAAUGUCCAACUCCGCCAGGUCCAACUCCGACUACAGUACAGCAGCUCUGAAAAAAAAAAAAAAACACGCAAAAACAGCAUCCAGCUUUGGAUGUCUAUUCUGUAUUUCAUAUGAGAAAACCUGACAGUGAGGAUGAACAGUUCGGCAAACACCCAAGAUUUGCAAAAGGCUGAUUCUUUGUUUUGACUCGUCUGUGAACCAGAUUUGUGGAUUUCUUUCUGUUUCUCGGCAGCUAAGCCUUCAUAGCCAGCAGCAUGGUAUCCCUGGAAAAAAAAAAGCACCACCGGAUCUUACUCAAAAAGAAGGACACAGGCUCGCCUCAGAUACCCCAAAUUCUGCAACUAAUAUAGCAUGCUCUGUAAUUAUAAAGUACAAUAAAAGUUAUUUUAAUUUCAACACUAUAGAGCCUGCUGUCGGGCUAAACAUUUGCUGAAGUGCUUUGUUUGUCUUUAAGUUGUCGUUUUAUGAAUUCUGCAUAACUGUGAUUUAUGAAUAAAGCCUGUUUUUUCUCCUCCUCUCUCACACGAACAGCCUCUUUGUACAGAAUAAGCUAUGAGAAGUCUCUCAGCCUGGAUAAAAUCCUGCCUUACUCAUCUGUAUUUGAUAAGAAGGUACCAACAAACAUAUACACACAUGCACUCAUUAACAUUUCCAUCAAAAAUGGAUGUUCAUGCAUAGAGGACAGACUUGCGGCUGUAUUUCUUACUGCAUGCAUGUCUGCUUCUUUGUGUUGUAGGAGAUACCAGUGUGUCUGUCAGAGGUCCCCGGUGUGUCAUGUACCACUGACUUCCACACUGAAUCUGUAUUCAAAGACAAGGUAACUUUUUUCAGAGUUUAAAGCAUGUUUUACAACAUAAAUCUGUCAUUUAUUAAAAUUCAGGAUUGUUGUGCGUGCUAUCACAGCUCUAGUUCGGUCUUAUGUUCUUUUUUCCAGAGGCGGUAAAUCAAACUAAAUUAAGCUUGCUUUCUUGGGAUUAAAAACUGUGUUUGUUACAUAACAUAAAACAUGCUGUAGGUGCACUUUGUAAUGCUGUGUUGGGAAAUAACAUCAGCAGAAUUCAUUCAAAAAAGGUAGAAAAAGCAUUUAAAUGCAAAACAGUGUGAUUUGACACAAACUGUGCGUGCUUGAAUGCAGCUCAGAUGUAGUCAUCCUCAGGGUUUUUUUUUAAAGCAAUGUCCUUGCUGUGUCACUGUGGGGUUGUGUGCCUUUGUGUGCAUGCAGGCCAGAAGUCUCCUGGGUUUCUGGUCGGAGCUGCAGUGGAACACCGACAGGACAAAGUAUCUGGAUGCCGUCCCUAACCCUAGAUACAGAACCUCACAUAUACAAGCUGAGUGGUAUAAACUGGUGAGUUUUUGUUGGAUAACUAUACUAUUUUUUCGCACAAACCACAACCCAAUUAAACACACAGCACUGGCAGGUAGUUGUUUCAAUGUGUUAGAGUGGAGAAUGAAGCAAAAUGGGUUUAUAAAAGAGUUUUUGCCUCGAACUGAUGGGGAAACGUUUCAGUCCUUACAUGGAGUUUCUGCUUGUUUCAGAUGUCCGAGAGGAGACCGACCAGCCAAAUGAGUCACUUGGAGGAGAACACAAAAAAGUAGGUCCACCUCCCACCGGAGUUUUGUCCGACAAGAAGUACAAAUUUUUACACAGAGACCUAAAUACCAGAAGGACAAAAGCCGUGUCCACACCUGCAUUUAUUUUCAGCGUCCCAUUAGUGCAAAAACUGAUGCCUUUCGAAGUCUGACUGUUAAAACUGUAAUUUAUUUUCAAAAAUAAUCAGGUCAGGACAAGUAUUUAAUUUGGACUCUUGAAAUCAACAAUAGCUACAAAACUGCUGAACAGUCUGAGCCGUCCUUUUUAAUUACAUUUGUUUCCCAGCAGAGAAAAAUAACUAAAGCCUCCGGGGGACUUGGCAAUAAGUCCACCAGUUUGUAAUGGUGAUUUCAAUCUGGAAAAAGAACGCGUUUCAUAAUUUUAAAAAGCCUGAAUUAUUUCCUGCAAACAGCCUGUGCUGUAGUUUUGAUCACAACGUACUCCAACAGAAGUAAAUGGGGUUUUGAAGAGGACUUUUGGCAGCCAUAUGUUCGAGCACUGACAUCUGCAGGAUUGUACAGUAUGUUUGGCAAGCUCUCAUCGUCUUUUUGUAGUUUCUGGAAGGUGUAGUGCAGCAAUAGUGCCUGAAAUUUUGCUUUGAAUACACUUCAGAGCAACACUUUUGAGUUGUAUUUAUUCAUUAUUGAUAUUUGGAUGAUCUGAACGGACAGCCCGUUACCUUCACAAGGCUGAAGCGCGUUAACAAUAAUGCAAUCAAAUGAUUAACUCGUGUUUUAAAAACUUUAGUGUUAGUAUUUUAUGGAUCAAGUCGACACUUGCCUCGAUUCAGAUUGUCUGAAAAUAUAAUCAGAUCAUUCGAUGCUUCCUGUCUGGAGCCUUAAUGAGCUCAUUCCUUAAUUUUCAUGACCUGUUGGGAGCCCUGAUAAGUAUGCCUCCUCUUACUCUUCAUCAGUGUGUUGUGAUGAAUAUUAAUGCACAUCAGGAUGGUGGAUGGCAUAAGUUUCCAUAACCAAAGUCAGUGUGAUGUGUUCUCAAAACAGCAGCAACAAAGACGAAACCUUGUCCUCGCCGAGUUAACGUGUUACACUUUGACUCUGAAAUCUCCACAUGUAAUCAAACAGAGCUCUUGAACAGUUCAUGGUCAAACGGCUUGAUGAUCAGUAUGAACCUAAAUGCACCACAGAUGUAAACCUGCUCUGAAUUACUCAUACUUCUCCUCUGUUUGUACUCAUGAUCAAACCAACAGCUUUUUCUGUUCAUAAUUAUCCUCCCUGAGGCCAAACUCCAGCACCUGCUUUCAAACUUUAGCUUUACAUAGUAAAGAUAAGUUUUUGCUGCCGACUGCAGCAGUCCAGCUUUUUACUGCCUCGGCUUACAGCAUAAAAGUAAGACUCUUAUUAUAAUGCUGGCUGGAGGGAUUGUUUUCACAGUCAAAGCUUUUCUUCUUUUUUUUUUUGUAGAGUUCUAUCAAUGGUGGACACCUGGUGUCUGGGUAAGUCCGCAUGGGCACACCAAACACACACAAACACUUGAGUAUAAAUCUAUAGAUGCUGAACACACACAUAUACACAACACACAAACUGUGAAUGCUGUAAAUAACAGCACUGCACUCCAAAGUGGAAGCUAGUGUGUUUGUGUGUGCUACUGAGGUCACAUACUUCUUGGCCGCUGGAGAAUUUAGCUAAACACAACAACCACACUAAUUUAUUGUGGAAGAGGAGAGAGGAGGAGAGAGGAGGAGGCUGGAGAAGAAAGAGAGAAGAGAGCAGAGGGGGAGAUGUAGAAAGAAAAAAAAGAGCGGGUUGAAGAAUGCUACGAUUAUAUAACAGAGGGGAGUUAGGUGCUUUUUUCCUUUCUUCAUAUCUAACUCUCUAAUGGCUCCAGUGAAGAUGUAAUCAGCCAUCCACAACACAAGACCUUCCUUUACCUCAGUUAACUCUCACGGAUGAUCUCACACAUUCACAGGCAUAUGAAAAACAUAGAGAAUAUGCUCACCUGAGAAAGAGCCGCUCCAGUGGUUUUCCAACAAGUUUUAUAACACCUGCUCGGGGGUACAUUGAAAGGUCUCUGUGGGUUAAAAACAAGUACAUCAUGAUUGUUGUGUUUUUAUAUUCAAGAGCACAAUACAAGCUAACUUGACUAUCUUUAAUCUCUUCGAAAAAAUCUCUUCAGAGCCCGAGCACAGAUGGUUACAGUAAGAUUUGAGGGAUAUAUCUGAUGUUUGUUAUUGUAGGCUUCAAUUUGCAGGAGCAGCAAACAAGUGUUGUAUCACCUGAUUAAAUGUGGAGAUCAGUAGAGAUGUUAGCUUUAGCUAGAAAGGAAGGUAGGACCCAAAAGCAGAUGUUUACAAGCAGACUAACAUAAUACCGUUUAUAUACAUUUUAUAGGCUGAAUUCCGAUCACAUAUGACAGACAUUUUAUUAGAGGCUGUCCCAAUCAAGUGUUUCAUGACCUGCUUAGAUGAGGAACUAAAGAUGGAUAUUAGCUUUUGCAUCCAUGUUUGACAAACAUAGACACAGCUCAAAACAUGGGGAUUGUUUUCAAGUACAUUUAACUUUUUCUUAUCAAUACCGAAACUUUUUUUAUCACCUGUAUUUUCUCAGAGAGUAAAGAUGAGACCCAAAUGCACACACUCAAAAUGAAAAUUUAAGAAACAAAAUGUUCAUGGUUGACUUACUGGCAGGUAUGGAAGAAAGGAAGGCAAACAAAUGGGAUGACAAGCGGAUCCAGGAUUUACGAAACAAAACAAAAGAUAUAGAGCAGAGUGAUGAUGAGGCAAGAAAUGAUGACCAAAGUAAGAAUGAGCUUCGAGUUAGACUGAACAAACUGAUUGGCUGAUUGGCAACAGGUGUGUGAAUGGAGAAAGAGGAAAGACACCUGGUGGAGAAACGGAGAACAACAGGAGACCUCAGGGGGUCAUAGAGUCACUAUUGAUAAGAGAGAGAUUGAGGCAGAAAUAUGAAUCUCAUUCAUGGUCUUUUAGUUCAUUUGGUACUUGAUACAUGAAGUGAGUCCAACUGGAACAGAAUUUAAAUGAUGUAAAAAUGUGACCUCUUAAAGAUGUGUCAGGAGUAAUAGUUACAUGAUUUAUAAAUAAAGUGGUUAUUAUGAUAGCAGUCAGACCUGCAGGCAAAAGAUCAACAGCUCCUGAUUUAAAGUAACUAUUUAUGAGGGAAUUUUAAUUAUUUAUAUUAUAAAAUUAUAUAACAACCAAAUAAUCUAUUUAUAUUCAUAUAUCAGAGCUGUUCACACACCUAUAACAUUUUCUGCUUUGGCUUUUGUUUUUUUGGAACAAAUCCAUGCUAAAAAAGUCAGCUGAUGCUAAGCAGCUGAAGAAACAGGGAAAACCUAUUAAUAAUUUCUGUUAAAAUAAAUAUUUAAUGGAAUAAUUUAUGUUCAAACAUUUUUUGAUGUAAGAAAGAAGAAUAAACACACUAACUCUUUGUUUUAGAUAUGUAAAAUGGAAAUGGAAGAUGCGUUCGAACAGCUGACGGGCUUACAAUGAAUCUGGCAGCUCAGUUUAACCCUGCUAGCUCUUUAUAUAUCCGUCGCAUACAACACUAGAACAUCAAACAGACUGCUCUUUGUGUGUGUGUGUGUGUAAUAAUUUAUCUACAGUAACCAGUCUUGAGCUUGGUCCACUUUUUUGUGGCUGACAUAAGAAAAACUGCAUGCACUCUCACACACACCCAGCGGGAUUGCAGCCUCAUAACCCCCAAACUUCUGGAUGUAUUUUUAAAGCGAUUCCCUCGCCUGCAAGAAUCCAUUAAUACCUUAGAUUCAGUCUUUAUUUUAUUAAAGUCAUAAACAAGUCAGAGUUUGGGUUUCUCAGAUUCCUCCUGAUGGCCCGUUUAAUGAUGUUACUGCACUGACACACCUCAGGCUACCGAUAGGAUUCAUUGGAGUGUAGAUGCAGCAUCAAAGGUCUCUUCAAACGCCUCUUUUAUGUGCUCACUCACUUUUGCCUGGUCUCUUCCAGAUAAGAAGCUUGUGCCACUUUUCCAGGAGGAGGACCAACAACAGAGGGCGCUCAUAGGCCUGGUGAGAGAAACAGACACUAAAACCAGUCAAUGGAUGUGACAUAUAAACACAGUCAAAAGCAUUUUCUCCAUAUGGAUAGACCCUUAUUCAAUUAUGUCUUUUGAUCCAUUAGUCCUAAAGUUACUAAGGGAAUGCUGUUUCCUCUUUCAUGGCACGGUGACUUAUGCACAGCGCCAGGUCUGUAAAGAAAUAUCCUGCACUUAGCGCGGCUAUAAAAUCAGCAAUAUACAAGUAUUAAGUUGCAAAGGCUGUCUCCGUCUCAAUAAAAAAAAAGCGUUGUUCUCCUUUGUAUUCAUGUUGCUAAGGCUAAAGACAAGCCCAAACAUUUCACAGUUAAAACUUGAAAGCCUUUUACAACUCCAGAUAAUGCCCACUAAUGCUCUUCUGGCUAAAUGUUCAUUAAAUCCCUGCAGCCACUACAGUGCUCUAUUGCAGACACCAGUGUUUGGCACCACUGCUUCAGUUAUGCCUUCAUUUCCAGUAUGAGGUGUUGAUGAGAAGGCUGGUUAAAGCUACAAUCUGGUAAUGCAACCACUAAGCCCCUAAAACCAACCACUUUUAGGUAAAUUCACAUGCAACACUAACUGUGAUAUUUCAGCUCCUGUAAUGAAAUUUAGAUGUGUGUCAAUUUGGCUCCUCUGGAGUCUCUGCUUGUUUUGAGGCACUAGCUGGCUUCACACUUUGGAGUUAAACCGUAUUGUCAAGACUGUCAAAGUCCGGAGUAAAAACAAAAGGGAAAGGACUCAAAAUGCAGAACAAAAAAAGGUUAAUUUAAAAAGGAACCAAAAAGAAAAGAAACAUAAACGUACUUUCUAAAUUGUCCGACCAAAAGAACCGAAAUAUCCAACAAAAGGCACAGGGAGAAAAAACAUCACAAGGAGACACUGGGGACACUGAUAUAAACACAGAGACAUCAGCAUGCAACACAAAAUGAACCAACACAGAAACAAGGGAAGAUAAGGACUAUAUAUAAACACAGGGAAACGAGCAAUGAGAGGCAGGUGAGACACUGAGACACAGGUGAAGACAAUUACAGAGGAGGGAAAACUGAGGAAGUAAAACAAGACUAGAAACUACUACAAAAUAAAACAGGAAACACUGAAAACUGAUAUAAAGGAUAAAACACUGAGAACAUGAGGGAAACGGGGUCAGACACAAACUGAAACGUCACAGGACAGGAACAAAAGGAAACAGAAACACUUGGAUAAAUACAAAAAAAAAUACUCUGAAAAUCACGAAACCAGGAAAAACUAAAUCAAACAGAACAUACAAUGACGCCUAUUUCGAACAGUAAAAGCUGUGAUUAUGAUUUCAAAUACAACUCGCCUACUCUCUUCCAGCAGUCGCUUGUUUGAAGCGAGACCUCGACCAGUCCAUCAACGAUUGAGGCGGGGUGACGUAGCUCAAGGAAGAACAUUUAUGAUCAUUACUUCAUCAUUUCCUUGAAGUAAUAAUCACCAUAUUAAUCAUUUUGCUCUGCAGACGCGGUAGUUCUUCUGCCUUAGCUUCUCGCUCUGAUUGCAUCUCCAUAAAGAAGUUAAUUUAUGCCGGAAUAUCCCUUUAAUUUCAGUACGUGGAUGCUUAUCAAUGCAAACGUCUGAUACCAUAACUACAAAAAAACGCUCUAUACCACUGAUUUUAGUUAUAUAUUUAUGAUUAAAAUAAAUAAUGAGCUGGUUAAAUGUUGGAAAUAAGACAUUUCUUACUGUUUUGAUGGAACUGGUUAAAAAGUCAACACUUAGUGCCAAAUUCAUGGUUUAAGGAAGUUUGUAGAUAUGCUAAGAAACGUGUCAGAAAGAUGGUUAAACAGCAAGCCUUACCCUGUAUAUAGUGACAAAAUCUAUUAUAUUUCCUCUAUUUUUCAACGUAAAAGUAGCUGUGAAGGUUUGUGCCAGACUGUCUGGGUGUCCACAUACUUACGGCCAUAUUGUAGCAUUACAAUCCAAGCUCAAAUUAAAGUGGUGCUUUAGAGACUUGUGAAGGGUUUGGAAACCUUGAAAGCGUCACCUGCUGAAUACCGUCAGCCGAAUGAAUCAUUCAAGUAAAGGACCAGUCGAUCAGUCAGUCAGUCAGUCAGGACAAAACAUGCCGGUGUUUUAAUAACAGAAAGUCCUUCAACUUUCCUAAAAGGCACUAGUUCCCGUCCUGCCAGUCAGAAUCAAAGAGCAGGAGCGGAAUAGAAAAUAAUGACAGAGCCUUGGAUGUUGCUUUUAAGAUACAGCAGUCCCUUUGUUGAACUGUGUGUGUAUUUUCUCUUUAGUGUCACCAACUGUAGAAGAAGAAGAUGAUGCAUAAUGAAAAAAAAGAGGCAUAGUAAAACACCUCAUUGUUGACCUGCGCUGUAGAUGCAUUAAGUAAAGCCGAUAGUUGACUUAAAGCAGCAGCUGUAGGUGGAUUGUUCCUCUAACAGGGGGCUGAUAUAUAGACCACUAAAGAUCCACAGUGAAAUGCUGACAGCUGGUGCUUUCUCUCCAUAGUCAUCUUUUCAGGUGAAACUGCUGUUACGCUUCAGAUGAGUCGACACUUUAAAAAAAGGGCAUUUUAAGGUCCCUGUCUGCAGUUUUUUACCCUUCCUGCGUGCUGUUUGAUGGACAAUUUCAUAUCCUCCGGUUUUCCCCGCACUCAGCAUAGUUUCUAAAGAGCAGAUAGCUUCAGUUUAAUGGAGUUCAGGCUAGAUGCUAGCAGUCUCUUGGCUAUUCUUAGAGCGACCCAGCCCUCCUGUCUUUCCCUGCUCUUUCAGUCCUUUCCUCCUCCUCCUCUUCCUCUUGUUCUUCAAGCUAUUUCAUUUUUGUUUAUUACUUUCCUCUGCAUGUUUUCACCUCUUAGAUCCACAUUUCCUUUGUUCUCUUUUCUGCCCCUCCUCUCUUCUCCUUUUCCCCUGCAUGGUUAAAUCAAUUUUAGGACACUGUAGUCGAGGGAAAAUCUGAGGUGAACUCAAUUUGACCCAGCUGAGUGCACAGCAAAGUAUGCUUAAACAUACAAACGCCAAAGCCACGCACAUCUACACACAAAUUCACACACACAAGUGCAAGGGAAAUAAUCAGUUUGUUUCUUGAAUUUCAGACGGUUGACAAACUCCGAGAGCAUCUCAACAGACACCUGCCGCGACUGGGGAAGAAGAAGAUUGACUCGCUCGUUGUCAACUAUGUCGCCAAACUGGUUGGUAUAUUUCAUGUGUCUAUGUGUGGUUGUGAGUGCUGGGGGGAGAUAAAGAGGACUGAGAUGAGCCCUGUAUAUUCCUGUGUGUCGAGCCUCCCUUUUUUCAAAGGCACUUCAUUCUACGAGUUAUGUUUACUUAAUGUCUGCCCUUACCCUUUUUGGGGAAGGUUAAGUGACACUCGGCAAGGAUGGCUCAGUGGAAAAGGCGGUGAGUUUUCCACUUAAACUAAACGCUUUGACGGAGCGCUCAGAUGGAUGUGCGCUCUUCGGUUUUAGAGAGGUUGCUGGAAGCCAUCAGAUGUCACUUCUGUAAAACACAGCAGUUCUCUGGUUGAAGGAUGUAUCCUUGACCCUUUUUUCAGCCGCUUCUCAACCAGGGGGUGUGUUUGUGUCUGUGUGAUUGGCUGUGGGUGCACGGCAAAAAUUAAAGAUACAGUAUAGUGGUCAGGAAAUGCACCAGUGAUGUUCACAGUAAAAAAACAAACCGUUUCCUAAGUUUAACUCUUCAGGCCUGGUCCCUCAACGCAAAUUUAACAUACGUACAUAGGAGCUGAAAACAUAUAAGUACAUGUAUGGACAGACUUUAACAGUUACAUACAGUAUAUGCACAUAUAUAUGUGAUACUUUACACAGAGGUGUGUCUGUUGGUGAAAAGACUGCUGUCCUCACUUGUUACCCCUCAUAUAACCUUUCUCUCUUCUCAAGCUCAAGAACUGAGGACCGUGGAAAUGUCAUUUAAGAGCUUUAGGAAGUACCAAGAGUUUCACUUUGUCACUAGUUGUUGUUUCAACUGUCUUUGAUUCAGUUCUCCCGUGUUAAACUCUCAAUAUACGUCUAUUUUGGCACCUCCAGUCGACAGUGCUGCACAUUUGAUCUCCCUGCUUAUCUCGUCCUGUAAAUAAGUGAGUUUAUUGUCUGCCAUAAAAUCUCUUCCCUCUUUUUCCCCAGCUAGAAUCCCAUCACUGAGUGUAAACCCUAACCAAGUAAAAGGCCGAUGGCUACCCUGCAGCAGCAUUUACAGGCAAAAGAUUAAUUCUAAAGGCAUGAACAACCAUCUCUCUGAUGACUGUUUGUUUUUUAGGUCAUAUGGCAGCAUCAGUAAUGAUUUCAGUCUGCUUUAUAACUUGUUAAAAAAUCCUCACAGGAGCUGUAAGUGCUGCAAAUUCCCUACUAUGACAUACACAUGAUCAAAGUAUUAAAGUUUUACUUUAAAUAUAUAAAUGUUUGUUUCCAUGGCUACAGGAUCCAGUCCCCACAGAAAGCUCCAAAAGCUUUAAUUUCUAGAUUGCUUUUAAAGGAUGCAAAAGUAAAACUUCCUCGUGUCUCUGUAUUUCGAAACCCACUCCCCCAUCUUUUGUAACCACCCACAGAGCAGCAGGUGGGACCUGCAUAACCAAGUGGAAAAGACGUAACCACUUUGCGUCUCAGUACCCUAUAGAGGUACUUGGUUUCUGUAAAGUCGGUCUUUAGUAUUCCUGAGAGGUAAAUCCCUUCACAGCUAGGAGCCGCUGAGAGCAGACAUACAGCAUAUAUCAACAGAACAGUAUUAAAUCAGGCCAAGGGUAAGGCUGGAAUUGAAUAGAAAGCAGGAUGCACCACGUUUUGGGACUUUAUGGAAUUGCAAAUGACAGAAGGAAAAAAAUACGCAAAGAAAUCCUCCCAGAAUCGGUCGAUGGCUCAGCUCGGGGACGACAGGCUCAUGAGUCUUAACCUGCGUCUGUGGAAUCAAAAUGAAAGUAAUGGAAACAGGCGUGGCUGUAAUCAUUUUUUCAUCGGCCUGCGAUAGACAAACGAGGUGAUCAUUGAAUUUAUUCGGCUGAGUGAAAGUGGAAAAGUUUCUCUUAUUAAAACACAGUUAUAGGAAACAUCCCCCUGGGACAUUUUACUUCAGGAGCAUCAACUAACUCACCAGCCCGGCGAUGCUGACGCUGACUCAUGCUUUAAAAACUCAUGUGGUUGUUUAAAGGGAGCGCUGACUUCUCCUCCACAAAUAGGCGAACAUCUCUCCUUGUCGGUGCUUAUUGAGACUAAUGGCUGCGUUGACACAGGGGAAGGGUUUGGGGUGAAAUAGAUUAGGGCUUUUAAGAGUGGGGGAACUUGUGUUAUGAUGCAUUACAGCUCCUCAGCACAUUAUUGUCUCAGUUAUUUAUCUCCUGUGUCUGGUGCAACACACAUCCAGAUACUUCCCAUUAAAACCAGAGUCAGAGAAGAAACAAGACCUGCCACAACCUGAAUAUGAACCGCCAAAACCCACAGUGCGAUAUGAAUGAGCGGGAGUAUUGUUAAUCAUGCAUUAAAGCUAUUCUUCACCCAAGGACAUUACACUUUUCUCAGCAGGGGAGCUACUCUGAGUAAACCCACUCUUUGUCGUACCCAAGCUCAUUAAGACAAAUCGCUGAUCCUCGAUUUUAUUCAAAUAGAAAGUCACACAGGGAAUACAACGCCUGACUCAGUGGCUUUAAAUCACUUUAUGCCUUUUGUUUGACUUUCAUUUUAGCACGAAAAAUAUCUCGACUAAAUCGCUUUACCCUUUUUGACUGAUCUUUAUGGGCUUGAAUUACAUCAGAGAAAAAUAUAAAAUAUAUCAGCCAGAAAUAAAAGAAAUUAUUCUCCAAGAUGUCCUCUUGUUUUAAAAAAAUCUGAAAUCAUAUAACAACUAAUUCAAGGCUUCAAAUAUUCAGUUAAUAUUUGACAGGCUCAAGGAAGAUUACUUGAGCAUUUUAACAGGGAUUUGGGACUUUUUAGAGGAUCAGUUUCUUCAUCUGUGCAGACUUAGCUGUUAAAAUGAAUCCCGAGACGCUCAAAUCUCUCUGACUAAUUCGGUGAAACAGAUUUAUAAAACUGAAGGAGCUGAGAAGGUAAAUGUGUGUAAGCACUUCUCAGUUUAAGUCAAAUAGAAACAAAUACUACAUUAUCCCGGAUUAUAAAAGAAAGAGACACUUUCACACAUGGGUAUAAUGUUAGCCCAAGCUUUAAACACACACUCAUGCUGGUUCAUUAUAGAAGUGUAGAUAUAGAUGUUUGUCCCUGGGGGUACACAUGAAGAAAAUUCAACAUACCCUGAAGCUCUACUUAGAGAUGAGUAUCCUUACAGUGGUCAUGAACCACAAGACAAGAAGAUUUAACUUCUUCAAUGGAUACCUAAAUCAGAUAGUGGAGUAAAAAAUAUCACUGCUGCAGAUGGCUGAUGAAAGAUGCAGCAUUGUGUGUUAAUUCUCUAUUAAAUCCAUUGUUUAUACUGUACGGUCCACCCUCUGUGCCUCCUGUUAAACAAUAAACCAUAUGACUUUACACCUACAGCCAAGAACUGCAAAUACUGGUACUUUCAUUUCAUGAAAAAAGUGCUGAUAUAACUGUAUGUAUACAAACAAAAGUAUAAUUAAUUUGCUGAUUUAUUUUAUAUGCGGUACAUGUAUGAUAAAUACCCAAACACCAUCUAUCAUGGCUUUUCUCCUUUGCUUAUGCGGGGUGGGGUUGCAGAGGCAGCAGGCUUAAGCAAAUUGUCCCAAACAUCCCUCUUCCCAGCAACAUUUCCCAAUAUCCUCCUGGUUGGAUGCCUCUUCUAAAAGGAAGCAUCUAGGAGGUAACUUAGCCAAAUAGCUAAACGAUUUUAAUUGUCUCUUUUCAUGGAGUAAGGACUGUAUGAGCUCCUCAGCUCCUCUCUUAGAGGUCUUUUUCACCCAGAGUCUGCUUAGGAGGUCUGUAUCAGGGACCAAAUGUUUACAUUGUUGUAUUUUGCAUUUUGUCGAGUUAGCGUUCCCAAGUGAAUUCUAACCGGACUUACAAUGUAAACAUUUGGUCCCUGAUCCGGACCUUCUCGGCGGACUUUGGGUGUGAAAGGCCCCUUAGUCUGACUCACUUUGGUUGCUUGUAUCUGUAGUUUCCUUCUUUAAGACACUAACCAAAGCUCAUUACCAUUCUUGAUGACUUGAGAGGUAGAUCCACCACCCGGGUUUAGUACAAUGCCCAGAGUCCUACUCAUGAAGUAUCAGCCUGCCUGUCUGUCUCUCUAUACCCUCACUCGUGGACAAGAUACUUAAACUUCUUCACUGGGGUCUGAGGCUCAAUCCUCACCAGAAGAAAGCAAUCCACCUGAAUCAGCUUCAUUUUUGCAGGGAGACACAGAGAAAAGGGAUGAAAAAAGUGAUAUAAAGUAAGAAUAUUAGAAUUUUACACAGAAAAAUGUUGUUAAAAAGCUUAUGUGUUCAUUUUAGAUUAAUUAAAAUUAGAAAUACAAGCUGAGCAAUAUGUUCUGGUUGAAAAUUUGGCAAAGAAAAUACGCUUAUUUUUCUGAGUGGGACUUCUCAAUUGUGAUAAAUUUAAUAAAGGGAUGUGUAAUAAGUGAAGAAUGUACAAAAAAACCUGGAGGAGCUUAUUAUUCCAUUUGUCCUGACACCUCUGUUAUUUUUGUUAAAGUCCGUUUCAUAAGUGGAGCUAAUUAAAUUUCCCACCCUGAGGUCACAGGAGGACGUUCAGAGAGGAAAGUGGAGGGUUUCCCACUGGUGUGCAGGAUGUGAACGAGGCAGAUUCUUCCUGUUAUUGCACAGGAAUUGAGAGAGCCAUGUAUGUGUGUGAGAGUGUGUGUGUUUGUGCGUGUCUGUGUAUUCCAGCAGGCACGUUUCAGAUGAAUCAAGUGUAUUUGAAAUGAUCCUGAAUGCUGACAGAGCUGUGGUGAAAUGAUGAGCGUGUGUGCGUGCAUAUCGAGGCGUGUUCACAUCCUGUUCCGCUUUGUUGUUCAGUGGAAAUGAAAAUGUGAAGCAAGGGAAAAAAAUGACGAAAACUGAAUCUAGAUUUCCUUGAAAAAAAAAAGAACAUAAUUAUAGUUGUGAAAUGUUUUUAUUUUCCAUGUGUUUGUGUUGAGUUUCCGGUAACUCUGGCUGCAUGUGGAGGGAAAAUGUGGAAUUGGACCCUAAGCUUGCAUCUCCUUUCCAACAUGCGCAUGUCUGUUUGUGUGUGUUUAGCUGGAGCUCAUCAGACACAUGCUGGAGUCAGUUUGGCUGAAGUGUAAACUGGGCCCGUGUGCUUUGUGCUUGUGAGUACCCGACCCUCAUCCUUCAAGGUCUUUUGUCUCACUAAUAUGUUGUAUGAAUCGCUGAUAGAAUGUGUGAUGUGUGUGUUCAUCCUUAUUCAUGUGUGCUCCAGACCCCCGCUCCCCGCUGUGUGUGUGUCCACAUGUGCAAAUUUGUCGAUGACCUUUCUUCACGUGUGCGCUCGCAUUAUGUAACAUUCCUGUGCAAAAUUCUUCUGUGUUGAGCUCCAGCACGCAGCGGGGCAGUCCAGCCGAGUGGUCUGUGUUUCACUUCAUGUUUCGGAUCCUGGAAGCCACGAGGGGUCUCUGCCUGCCCCUCCCACCUGGUAUCGUACACACACACACACACUGACACACACAUCCAUCCACAAGAGUUGUUAUAAUCCAGCCUGUCUCUAUCUCAGCCAGAAUAACAAUGUGUGUUUCCACUGAGGAACAGCAGACAGGCUGUCCUUAGCGCUAAUGUAACCAAAAAUAUGUUGAACAUUAGCAUAGUGCAGACUUGGGUAAAGAAAAGUGAAUAUAUUUUCAAUAAUUUGAAUUUAUUUUCAAUUGUUUAGUGGCAUGAUCCUCCUGUUACACCAUCUCAUGAUAUUAGUGUGAGUGUUGGUGAGAAUGCUGAACUGUCUGGCAUUGAGAGAGGAAAUAAUAGCUCAGACUGAGGUCUCACACUCUCUACAUAAGUGUGGGGGGUAUGAUAGUAUAAAAGUGCUCAGAAGGCCUUGAAGAAACACUUACACUCUGUGGCUUUCCCAUCUUUAAAUUAAAUUUAACAGAAAGAAAAAUACAUAGAUAACAAGACUAAAAAAAAUGGGAUGACCUGUUUUUUCCAAUUCAUGCUUGUCGUGCAGUUCUCUCUCCAAACACAGCUCUAUGUUAAAACCAUGAUAUUCCUGAUUUUGACUCUACUUUCCUUCUGUUUAACGGUUAUUAGCAUCUAUUUCUGUCCCUGUCUCCAGGCUAUCACACCCUGUUGUCGUUGUUUGCUAUGCGUGUUCUUCCUCAUCACACUUUCCUGCAGUACAUCGACCACGGCGUCCUGCAGCUCACUGAAACCUUUGUGUCCCGUCUGAUGACAGGUAUACUCCUUCUGGCUUAGCAUAUGGGUCAUUUACAUAAAAAGUAUGAAUUUACUGGAAGAUUGGAAUCAUUGUUCUGGUGGGUGUAAAUUUUCUUUUCCUAACAGCAGUGUCAGUCAGCUGACUUUAUUUUCUAGUGAGGAAAGUGCUGCGUCUUAGUGACAGCAUUACUUUUUAAUCAUGCUGCACCAUCUUGUCAAGAUAUGAAUCUUUCUGCUUGAUUUGCUUUGAGACCAAAUACCCUUAGAGGACAUAAUCUUGUUUUCAGCCUUGGUUAUCACUAAUACAACCUGAGGUGCUUGUCUAAAUUAGGUAACAAGAUGAACACUAGACUUCCAGCUAAGUUAGUUCUGCAUCUUAAAGUGAACCAUCGAUGACUAAAUUACCAAGGAGCAAAGAAAAAAACCUUCAAUUUUAACAGAUAGACAGAUAGACGGACGGACGGACAGACUCUUUAUUAAUCCCAGAGGAAAUUUCAUCCAAAAACAUACACACACACAGCCAGUGAACACAGGUGAUCUCCAUCACCUGGAGGAGACAGGCGAGAGAAAAACAACCCAGAAACACAAACGCCACAGCGAGUAAAUAAAGAAACAUAAAGACCCUGAUCUCAUCUGAUUUGUGUGUUUUGGUGUGGACUUCACACCAUGGAAAGAACACUGUUUAGAAGGACUAACUGAGAUUUGGCUCCGAGAUCAAGAACCAAAAUAUCUUGGCCUCUGUGCUACUUUUGUUCUUGUCAUAGUUUACACGGGUCUUUCCCAUGAAGAGAGCAAAGAUCCCCAACGAUAAAAUGAUUAUGUAAAGGACAGAGUCCAAAUAGUUUCAAACUUCAAAGUAACUGAAAGGAUGGCUCAGGACUUUGAUAUGUCCUCAAGCAUUAAUAUAAAAAAAAUCAUCCAUGAUUCUGUUUUAUUCUGGGUGACUGGCAGGGCUACCACGUCACCAAUGUGUGCAAAUAUAUUAUUUUUGUUUUAAGUUAAAGAUUUGGGCUUUUUUUCCUUUAUUAGAAGGGACAGUUGAAGAGAGACAGGAAAUGUGGGGGGUGGGGGUAGACAUGUGGGAAAGGGUCAUCGCAGGGGAGUCAACCAGCGACCCCUGGGACUGGGACUGUAGCCUGUUAACUGCUUGUCCAUCAAAACCAUUUUCCAGGACGAACUUCUCAAUAUUUGUCCAUUUUGAAGAUUUUGAGACUCUCAUUACACAUAGAUUUGCAGGCUAAGAUAACUCAAUAGGGGGAGUGUUUUAGCUGUUUGCUGGGGGGGCUAAAGGCCCACCAUAAAAUGAUCAAAGGUUAGGUUGAGUCAGUAUUUCCAAUAUGGCCACCACCAUCAUUUGGCUACAGAAACCCUCUUCAGAAGUUAGUGGGUGAUGUCACAGAGACUACGUUCAGGAGGCUUUCAAGACCAAAACCAAAACUGAAAUGUCCCCUUUUAAACCAUUUACCCCUACCCCCUACAAAGAAAGAGCUCAUGGAUGUGUUACCUAGUCUAAAUUUACUCAAUAAUAUUUUUAUGAGUUUUACACAGAUUAAUACAGUACAGUGAACUCCUGAAAGAGCACAAGAUACAAAGGAAAAAUUGAUCACAAACACCCCCUUUCCCUCAAGACCCAGUCUACUGCUGGAUAUUGCUAUUACUGUGCUAAAAUAACAAAUUCUGGAGCUGUUCUGGUUUUAUAGACCAUGAAAUAUAAGACACUGAGAAAUAAAAAGUAAAAAAUUAAUAAGUUAAAUGAACUACUAUACAUUAAGAGAAGUACAAAGGUACCCAAGUCGCUGUAAACUGAAAAAGUACUAGUCUUAGACUCACAUAACAAAAUCUGCAAUUGCUAUAAUACCAACUUGCUAAUGCUUUGCAGGUGCAGUGCUUACUAUUUUUUUUAUGUGACACUAUUAUUCACAUGAACAACUUCAAUGAGGUUUGUUUAGAGGUAUGUAAUUACAAUUAGGGAAGUACCAUGUUUAGUGUCUUAGAUUGAAUGUGAUUCAAAGUGGGCCAAUAAAAAAGUCCUAUUGCGAACCAUUGCAUCAUAAAACAUUAAAAACUGCCAUACAAAUGUAAAACCCGCGAGUGAUGCAAGAGGUAAAAUAAAGGCAAGGAAUAACCAAAAUCUGUGUAGUUCAUCCUGCUGGGAACAUGAAUAUAUGAAGACUUCAUGUAAAGACUGUACUGGUUAGAAAGGGUUUUGGACCAGUAAUUGUAGGCUUCUUAGUUUCUUUAGAAUACAAAUAUGCACCUUGAGAAGGUAGAUGUGUUCAAUUUGAUAAAUGAACUCCAUCUCCCAGAAUGUUUUUGAGCUGUAGAGUAAUUGUAGACUGUAUAAGACAUGGAUAAAGUCCCAGUGAAAUCACCCGUUGGUUUCUGAAGCAGAGUUUCGCAGCCUUUUGUUGGCAGUACUGACUAAAUGAGCCUAAUAAGAGGCAAAGAGGAAGAGUUGAGGCAGACCUUUAGCCUCCUCAUCAACAGCCUGAAAGUCAAGUCAGCUGUGCCUCUUAUAACGCCAAACUCAAAAUCUUAAUUACUUCAAAAUAAUGAGCUCUGAAAAAAUUCAUCCCAGUACAGUGUGUGUGGAUAGAGAAAUGAGUCACUGAAACAGGUCGUACACCUGCAUUUUUGCUGUAUAAAUUGGCCUUUGUAAGAAUGUGUAUGUGUGGCUUCAGGUGCAUUUGCAGCCAGUCCCAAGUGGACACUUUUGGAACUGCAGUUCACAUCACUCCUGUCUCAUGAAUUCUUUUAUUCUCUGCUCUGUUACCUUGUUGAAUUUGCUUUUACUGCAAUUAAACAAACUAUACCUUCCUUUAAAUGUCUGAAAACCAGAUCCCUUGUCUAAGGUUUAGUUGUUUGAUUUGCAUAUGUUUUACCUGCAGUGUUUUCAUCAAGGAGAAAAAUUAAUCUCUUUAAUCCCUUGUUACUUUUCAGAGGAGCGAAAUUUGACAUGCCAUGUGAGAUUUAUCUGUAAGGGAGUAAUUAGCAGCAUGUCUCCUCUCUUUUUCUCUCUCUUUGUGUUUAGAUUUGGACAACAGUGAUGCCAACGAGAGACUCAAGUUCAGCAUCCUUAAAAGGCUCCCUGAGGUACUUCAGAGUGUAAUGAGCGUGUGUGGCCAAAGAUGUUUUUAUGCAGAGCCAGGAGGAUUUGAGCACAGUUUGUCUAACACACUAUGAUUAAAGGAGCUUAUUCAACCUUCUCGGUCCGGUGUAAUAACAGCAGAAAUAAACUCUUGGCAAGUUAUCAGCUAUCCCCAUGAUGUGAAGUUGACUGUGACAGGGUUGGAGCCCAUAUUUGACUGAUAUCUCAGCCUGGAUGUAAAACAAUACAUGAGGCUAUUAUAGUCCCGUCUAUUAGUAAGGGAUGGUUUUGAUCUGCUCUUUUUUUCCUGGUACUCCCAAAACUUCCCAUUCUGGUCCAAUUAAGAGUUUGAAGUUAUUUUAGGUCUUAUCUCCCUCAAGCCCCCCUCAAGCCAAUCACAGAGCACUUGUGUAACUAGCUGUUGUGUGUGUGUGUGAGAGAGAGUGUGUGAAGAAUGGGGUAAUGUACUGUAGGUAGUUUUCUGCUGAGUCCAAGUCUGUUUUAUGUGUGUUCCUCCUUCUUUUGUAACUUUCACGUGUUCCUGUGUGGGUAUGAUAUUGUUUCUAUGGUCGUGUGAAAGUGCGAGCGUGUGUGUGUGUGUUUGUGUGUGUUGUGUGUAAUUCAUCCGCAUUGUGAUCAGAGGAAUGUUGAGUGUUUAGUCUCGGUGCUCGGUUUCCUGAACAUCAGACUUUUGUUCGGUGAGUUUGGCAGGCCGGGGUGAUUUAGCAGGUACAAAACGCACACAAACACACAAGAGUGCGCACACACAAACACACACAAAAACACACUCCCACUGAGACAGAAAAGGAGAUGUUGGCCCCCUGGAGGAAAAUCAUACCUUGGCUCAACCCAGCAUCCUGAUAAUUCUUGUUAUGUAAGAUACAGGAUGCUCUGCGCUAACCUGGCGCUCCAGGUAGACCGUUUCACAUACACAUGACAUAGAGUAUAUUUAAUCUACUUCUUGGAAACACCUCACAGACAGGCUUUGGGAAGGGUAGAGCCUUUCCAAAAUAAACUCAGAGCAUUAAUGGAUGAACUCUAUCCGUCACAUUCACUACAGGCCAUGUAAAGCUAAAAAUUGUAUGAUGUGAUAGACCUCACAACUACAUAACCUCAGUGCCUAAGGUUUGCAAGAUGUGCUACAUGAAAAUAAAAUACAGCGUAAAUAAGGCGAGUAUAAAGAAAAGCCACAAGCUAAAUUAUUUAAACAGUUGAAAAAAAUCGCAUAAAUCGCAAUAUAUUGUAUCGCAAUACUCACUGUGUUGCAAAAUAUUACAAAUUGCAAUAAUAUCGUAUCGUGGGGCCACUAGUGAUUCCCACCCUCAGUCCUGUAUGUUUGCUGUGAGCUUCAAUUAUAUAUCAGUCCAAAAACAAUCUUCUAACACAAAUUAUAACAACUUUGAUAUUAUUUUAUUAACUGUUUGAAUGUGAUGUGAACCGCCUCAAUAACAAUCUCCACUUACAUUUUCAUGAUACACCUCUAAGGAGAGUAUCUCUGCUGCAUCUGCACUAAUCUCUUGAGAGGCCACCACUCUUUAGACGCCUGCUGUCACAACUAAAGGUGCAUUUCGACCGAGAGAACCCAGAUCUUUUAGUUCCAGGGACUUCCGAUUUCCUGUGGCCCACUGUUGUGUAUGUUUCCACCAGGGGUAGUGGUAUUUAUUAAUGAAGGUACAUAGCAGCAGGUCAGCUGUUUUGAUGAUUAAAUAACAUCAGAUUAGUGGAAAUAUUAGCUCCUGUACUGUUGCACCGGUGCCUCUAACUGUUAAACCUUUCUCUCCGCUCAGCUGGUGUCUGUAUAAAUUGUAUAUAAAUUGUAUAUAAAUUGUAUAUAUUGUAUACAGAUUAUUUCCCCGAGAAGACUAAACCCAGAAACUGUCAAAACACCCAAAAGCAUCCCUGAGAUAGAAAAUUCUAUCAAAAUCAUUGUAAUAAAAUUCAUGUAUAUACAGUACAUAGUUUCACUGGCUAAAUAACAUUAGGUUAUAGGAUAUAAUCCAGAAUCUCUCCUCCCUCCUCUGUCUGUGCACAAAGAUACCACUAUUUAUAUGUAAAUUAACUGUUUUUUUAAUGUAAAUAAAAUCCCUGCCUCGAAGUCCCUGGGCCAUUGGAAAAUACUUCCCCCCUGAACUAAAUUUAGACCCUCAAACAGAAGACCAAAAUUCCUCAAAAGUUCCUGGGGAAAGUUCCCAUGGUCAGAAAGUACCUGAAAUAUGCCCUUAAGCUGAUGCUUUUUUCCUCAGAGGAUGCUGAUCAGUCUGAUCAUGUGCUAACCAGGUACAAAUGUGAGAGCUGAAAGCCUUGCAAGAUGUAUCCACCGAAUAACCGAUCUGGAAUCUGGCUGAUCCAUAUGCUUUUGCAAAGCUAGCUCUACUUCAGGGUCCUAUACUUGCUAUUUUGCUUUAUUUUUCGCCAAAUCAAACUGCUUGAUAGCAACAAAAAAGACUUUUUAGUGGAAUUAUUUUGGUGAUAAUAACCGGUGGUUUUUCCUUGAACUCUUCGUAUUUCAUUUUUAUGCAGGUAAUGAGUUCAACAAAAAUGUUAAUAGUGCAAAAACACUGACAAUAGUGAGUGAAAGCAUUAAUCGUUGGUGUGCUCGGCUGAUGUGUUUGUCUGAACUUGCUCUCUUUCUCACCUCUGAUGAUACCACAUCCCUCCAAGUGAUUCAGCAGCUCUACUUGGCAGCGCGUUUGAAGCUCGACAGAAAGCAGCCUCAAGAAAAGAUGCUCUCUGUCUCAUUGUCAGUCACACCUGUAGUUUUUGUUUACGCAAGUGUUAUUUAUUACUGUAGUGUGCAUUUUCCAACGCUUAAAAAAAGAGACUUCUCAGGAAUAAGUUAUUAGCAGUCCAGUCCUCUGAGAUAGUUUUAAGCACAUUUGUGUCACAGAACAAAACAGAUGCUCUCGUGCUUUAGGGAAUGUUUCUUUAUGCCUAAAAUGUCUGUUUGAUUGUGUUUUUACAGCCUAUGGUGCAGAGGAUCUAUCAUAUGUGGGACCAUCCUGUCAGUUCAGCUUCAAUCUCCAGAGAUUAUGUCAGGACUCUGUUGGAGAAGCCCAAGAAAAAGAAGGUGACAUGGCAUAUUUGACCUUGGAUCCGACAGUUUGUACUGUAUGUCCCAAAAAAAAACAAACAAAAAAAUACUACCUAAAGACAUGCUAGAAAAUUAAAAAUGCUACUUUAGCUACACCAGGGCUUUGACUUUAAAGAUAGUCUAGCUUAAAAUUAAUUUAGGGUCAAACACACCGUAACACCAAGUUCGACACCCCCCCGAGAGAUGAAUGUUGCCGACCGCUUGCUUCUCUAGUUAUACCAACUUUAGUAAAAACCACAGAUAGCAAUACAGAGAGCCAUGCGCUCAAUGUUCUAAAUGUUCUUCCUUGAGCUGCGUCACCCCGCUGCAGUUCGUAAUGGACUGGCCCGAGGUCUCACUACAAACAAACAGCUGCUGGAGGAGAGUAGGUGAGUUGUGUUCAGUCUCUUUGAUAAAGAAGUUAGGCAAAGCUAAAAAGAUGUUUGGUGGCUAGAGCUGUGGCUAGAACCCUAUAUGUGCUAUAUAUUGAGUGGCUUUUUAAUUGAGGUUUGCUUAUGGCUCCUCAGACCGCUGUGUAUUGCUAUCGUGCUGUCGUUACUAAAGUCGGUCGGCAACGUUCAUCUCUCGAGGGGUUGUCUAACUCGGUGUUACGUUGCGUUUCACCCUAAAUUCAUUUUAUGCUGGAAUAUCCCUUUAAUGCCAUGCUGUCUUUCUGAAUGCCUCAUAUUGCUCAUAUUAUGUCAAGCUUUUUUAUGUGUAGUUUUUCAGGCUAAUAUUUCCUGAUUAGCAGGAGACACAAUCUAUUCAGACAAUGUGGUUGAAAGCAAACAAGGUCCCUGCGCUAAACAGGUGGCUUAGUUAAGAGGCAACGAGGCCACCUCUGCCAAGCAGCUGAGUGGAGAUGUUACUCCCUAAAAAACACUGCUAAAACACAGAGGGCAGGUUUAGCAACUCCAGCAAACUAUGCACUGAGAGACAGGUUCUUGUGGUGCUUCUACAGACUCGUACACCCCUGCACAACAAGAGCAAACCACUGAAUAAACCCCUCUCUACCUCUGAUGGCGAGGUAAUGAGGCAGCUCAAAGCACAGGAGCCCAAGGGUGUCUAUAUAGACUUCCCACACCUGGUCUUAAUCAGGGACAAUUAGACACACACACCUGGCCCUGCACUGAGCUGAAUACAUCGCCAAAUGGAGCCAAGUGGAAGUGCCCUUUGCAACAUUUACUACGUUUGGGAUUCAGACUUGCAGUUAAGACAAGAUAAGCUUUUUGAUGAGGUCUAUUUGGGUUUGGAAUAAUAUGGCCAUAUGGAGCAUUUUAGAAAUUAAAGGUAAUGAAAGUAUAACACAGACACGUUGAAAUCUGGAAGUAUAAUGCCUCUAUUUAUUUAAAUCUCUUCAAAUUCAGACUGUUUGGUUGUUUGACUAUUCAUCAGACGAUAAACGCUUUGAUCAUUUCCCACUGGGUUUUGGAAAAUUCUCACGGGCUGUUCAUAUUUUCAUCACAAGUUUCUGACAAAGGGUUUUUCGAUGCAGCUCUUAUAUCUUUCCUCCAAAAAUGGUCUUUUACAGCAGUGUAACACAAAAAAAUCCACCUGCUUCUUUUUAUGAUAUGCCUUAAAACAGUAACCCCAGCUUACACUGAAUCAAAUAACAGGCUGUCGGCUAGUUCUGGCUGGCAAACCGGCAUGGAAGCCGGUGGCAUUUCGUGCAAUGAGAUAUAAAAUAUACAGCUGCCCUGAAAAAGUUACCCAAAAGAAAAACCAAGUUGAGGUGACCACUUUCUAGAUUUGUAGUAGUUUGUCUUGACUGUGUGGAUCCUGGAGAAAAAAACCCUGCAGAAUCCAGUUAUGUUUUGUUUUUUCCUUCCUCCAUAGGGAUUUGCAUUCACCGGCAGAGACAAGCCAGGCUUCAGACCUGAGUUUCUGCCUCUUACCUACCUGGCAAAGACUCUCUCUGAUAUAGAGGAACAAGGUGGGGAUAUGUGUGUGUGUGUAUCCUGCAUGUUUAGAUACAGAGGCCUUAGGGGGAUUCAGACAGAACAUGUGAGUUGUCUCACAAAGUUUGGUUAGGAGAAAGGAAGGGAGUACUUGGCAGUAUUCUCAUGAAAUUUUAUCCUUCACUCCAUUUUUCCCUUCUGCAUUCUAGCUGUGAACCCUUUUGAGGAGCAGGAGAACGUGGAUGCUCGGUUUGUGGAGGAGACGGCUCUGAAGCAGACACUAAUACUGCUUGGCUAUGAGAAAAAGUGA